AUGGCACAAAAUACAACAAGUGGACCUAUGUAAAAGUACAAAAUAGUUUUUCUUGGAGACUAAGCUGUUGGAAAAACAUCAAUUAUUAAUAGAUUUAUUUUUGACAACUUCACUGGUAAUGAAUAACCCACUGUUGGAAUUGAUUUCAUUUCCAAGACUCUCUAAGUUGAUAACAAAUCUGUUAGACUUCAAUUAUGGGAUACAGCUGGAUAAGAAAGAUUUAGAUCACUUAUACCUAGUUAUAUUAGAGAUUCACAAGCAGCCAUCAUUUGUUUUGAUAUUACGAAUGAGAAGUCUUUCCAAAACCUGCCAAGGUGGAUUGAAGAUGUUAAAGAAGAAAGAGGAGAUGAAGUCUUAAUAUACAUACUGGGGAACAAAAUUGACUUGGAAAAUGAAAGACAGAUCCCUACAAAACAAGCUGAAGACAAGGCGAAAGAAUUAGGUGCUUAAUUUUAAGAAGUAUCUGCCAAGAGUGCAAUUAAUGUGGCUGAAUUCUUUAAGAAGCUUUCAUAUGAUUUGUUAGGCAAUCCUGCUGAGCAAUCUCAAAAUUAGUAAUAACCGGCAUAGCAAAGACCUUAAGAGCCUAAUAUUUAGAUAUAGAACUAACCUAGAGAUAAUGAGAAUGAGGAGAAGAAACAAGGAGGAGGAUGUUGCUGAACAUUUAAUGAUUAUUCAUUAUUAUGUACAAAUAAUUUAUUCAGUCUAAAUUAUAUAUAUA